UGUCAAAUUUGUAAUAGGGUAAUGCCAAUCUAUAACUCUUAUUAAUAAUUACAUUUAUUUUUAGGUCAGACAAUAGUGUUGUAGAAAUUAAUAAAAUCAAUGUAUUAAUUGAACCAUCGACAGUAUCAUGUGAAUUGUCCAAUAUUGAAAUCUGGAUAAGUAGGUAUUAUAAAAAUUUUAAUAAUAGGGAUUAAAUCUAUAUUUUAUAAUAACAUACAGGUAAAUCAUGCACGGGGCAGUUACUAAAUAUAAUCCAGUUUAUUGAAAAUGGCUUUGAAAAAUAAUAUUUCACUGGAGUAGCCCUAAUAGACCUGACAGUUGCCAAUGAUAUGGUCAACCAUGGAAUUUUACUCGAUAAAAUCUACAAUCUAACCAAAGAAAAAGGUCUUACACAAAUAAUACAAGCUUUUUCCAAUACAAAAGAUUCUACAUGACACUAGGAGGCAAGAAAAGUCAAUAAAAUGGGCUUCCACAUGGCAGUGAUCUGGCCCCAAUCCUUUUUUAUAUAUAUAUAUAUGAAUGACCAACCAAUCACUCCAGGUGCCAGACAUUUUAUCUAUGUGGAUGAUACAAUGAUAACAGUUCAAGAUAACAACUUUGAAGUAAAAUUUAUAUUGGAGUCCUCACUUAAAACCAUGAUAACAUACUACAAAAGCAUGAAGCUAAAGCCUAACCCAAUGAAGACUCAAGUUUGUGUAUUCCGUCUGAAAAAUAGACUAGCAUCUAGAAAACUGAACAUCACCUAGGAAGAAGUUAAGUUAGAACACACACCCUACCCUAAAUACCUAAGGGCGUUAACUUAAUAGAUCACUCAAUUUUAAAGAACACUGUUUUGCCUUAAAACUGAAAAUAUGCGCUAGAAAAACUAUUGCGGAAAUUGGUUAGUUCAAAGUGGGGAGCUCAUCCUGACACAGUUAAAAUCUCUGCACUAGCUCUGUGUUUUCUGUGGUGUGCAGCAGAUCAACUGGCCCUAAACAAAUUGAUUCUGUGUUAAAUGACAUGGUAUGCAUUAUAACAGGAUGCUUAAAACCAACAUCAGUAGACAAACUAUAUCCUCUAGCAGUUAUAGUGCCAUCACAUAUAUGUAGACAAAUUGCUAGUGACAUAGAACGGAUGAAACAGAUUCCGGAUGUAAGACACCCAAUGUAUGACACACAAAUAGAAUGUUUCCAACUAAAAUCAAGAAAGAGCUUUAUAAAAUGUAUGAAGAAAUUAGAGGAGAACCCACAGAUAUUGAAAUUAUGGGAGGUAAAGAGCAGGCAAGUAGUCGAAGAGAAGUUACCCCCAGGACAAGACAAUAAAUGGACGAUAUGGAGGACAUUAAACCGCUUACAUACAGAAGUUGGAUGGUCGAAGGAGAACCUAAAAAAAUGGGGAAUCAGUGAUGGGAAGGAAGACACGAGCUGUGUAUGCAGAGAGGCCCAGACAAUGUGGCAUCUACUAAAUUGCAAUGGAUGCCCAGUAAAAUAUGAGGUGACAGACUUACAAGCCGCUAACAGCAAGGCUAUAAAGCUAACAGAAUUUUGAAGCGUCAAAAUUUAAAAAUACAAUUUCAUAUAUUACCUUUAGAAUGAAUCACCCACUAUUACUAUUAUUAUUAUUAUUAUCAUUAUCCACUUAGUACAUUAAUUCAUAUUUUAUGUUAUUUUAUUUUAUAUAUCUGUUUUAGCAAUCUACCUGUUGACUUUUUGAUGUGAUGUUAUUAUUUUAUUGAUAUUAUGUUAGCCAAUAUUUAAUUUACAGUUAAUUACCAGUAAAAUGACCUGUCACGCCAACUUGAAAAAAAAAAUUAAUUUAUUAACAAUAAGCGAUUUAUAAUUUGGUAUUUCCAACUCUUCUGUAAUAAAAUAAUAAAAUAAUGUAGAUAUUAUACGAUUACAGUAAAUAAUAUAAUCAAAU